AUGUCUCCCAACAUUGAGCCAGUAUCAGUAGAGACCUGGGACACCAAACCGCACAAUGGGUCAAGCGACAACAAUAUUCGCCCCGUAGGUAGUACGGCUACGGGAUCUGUCAUGCCGGAUAGCCACUCAAUCAAAAAGACCAUCGGCCCGAUUACCAUGAUCUCGGUAUGCUUCAACAUUUGCAACAGCUGGGCCGGGAUCACCUCCAGUACUCAAAUCGCACUUAUACAAGGUGGACCCGUGACGCUUGUGUUUGGCAUCAUCUUCGCCGCAGUCUUGUACAUGGCCAUCGCGCUUAGCAUGGGAGAAUUGGCGAGCGUCUAUCCUACAGCCGGCGGCCAAUACCACUUUGCAUCCGUUCUGGCGCCCAAAAGGGGAAACAGAGAAAUUUCGUAUAUCUGUGGAGUUUUGACUAUGUUUUCAUGGGUUGCGAUUGGUUCCAGUGUCUCAAUGGCUAGCAGUCAACAGAUCUUGCCUCUCGCGGAGUACUAUAAUCCAGGCUAUGUUGCAAAAGACUGGCAUUAUUUCUUGGUCUACCAGGCCUUUCUUCUCGUUGUCUUGGUCUACAACAUGGUGGCCUUGAAGAAACUGCCCGUGACUCAUAAUAUCGGAUUUUUCGUUACACUCUCGCUCUUCUUGAUCUCCCUCAUCUUCUACACCGUGCGAGCCUCCCCAAAAGCAACAAGCGAGUUCGUGUGGAAUACCUUCCUCAACUUGACAGGCUGGCCGGAUGGUGUGUGUUUCUUUGCCGCGCAACUCACGACAUGUUUCUGUUUUGCUGGACUUGACGGCGCACUCCAUCUUGCUGAAGAUGCGCCCAAUCCACGGACGGCAGUGCCUCGAGCUACUGUGACUACUGUCUUGAUUGGAUUUACGACUGCGUUCUCUAUCGCGAUUUGUAUUCUUUACAGCAUCUCAGAUUUUGAAAGUCUACUAACAAUUGAUGGAUAUGUGCCAUUCGAGAUUAUGAGACAAGCAUUCCGUUCCAACAACAUGGCCGUCGGGAUAUUGAUAGCUAGCUGUUUCCUCUCGUUCUUCAUUCUGAACGCCGUCGUCGAGACCUCGUCCCGAAUUGCAUGGGCCCUUGCCAAGGACAAUGCUCUCCUGAUGUCAAGUAAAUUAGAACUGGUUCACCCGGGCCUCGAAAUUCCAACGUGGUCACUCAUUUUCAGUUGGUUCUUCAUUGCCUUGACUGGAGUAGUGUUUGUGAUAUCUUCAACCGCUUUCAACGCCGUGCUUGCUUCACUAAUAGUCCUUCAACUACUAUCAUUUUCCAUACCGUGCGCUCUGUUACUGUACCAGAGACGCUCCGAGGAAUAUUUACCUGCAGAUCGCCUUUUCCGCCUGCCACAUUGGCUCGGAUUUACGGUUAAUGCCUAUGUGGUGGGAAUUUCCUUGAUGCUGACUGUGUUUUUUGUCUUGCCAACAUUUUUACCAGUCACAGCUUCUACCAUGAAUUAUACAGUAGUCAUUCUGGCUAUAGUUGCAUUGUUAUCGACCAUUAAUUGGUUUCUUCAUGCGGGCCGGGCAUACCAGGGGCCUAGGAUUGAAUAUAAUUAUUGA